GAGAAGUUCUGCGUCGUCGGACUAAAGCGCGGGGGACCGGGGCUUCCGAGCGCUGGGGAGGAUCACAUUUAGGUCUCCACAGAAUGGAGCAAGAAUGAGCAGAGAGAGGCUGAAAGAAAAGCAUGAACUGGAGGUCUAUUGAGGUCAUCUGCUUCCUGUUUAUAUGGGACCAUAUAACAGUUCAGUCUUCCCGCCAGGAUCCGUCUGUUGCCGAGCAACAUGUCACCAAGCAGUUUGAUUGGCUCAUCUCGGACCGCGGACCUUUCCACCACUCUCGGAGUUACCUCUCCUUUGUGGAAAGAUUCCGCCAAGGAUUUACAACCCGAUAUAAAAUAUAUAGAGAAUUUGCACGCUGGAAGGUGAGGAACACCGCCAUCGAGCGGAGGGACCUAAUCCGGAACCCCUUGCCGCUGAUGCCGGAGUUCCAACGCAGCAUGCGGCUGCUGGGCCGGCGCCCUUCCACGCAGCAGUUCAUCGACACCAUCAUCAAGAAGUACGGCACCCACAUCCUCAUCUCCGCCACCCUAGGAGGUGAGGAGGCGCUCACCAUGUACAUGGCUAAGAAUAAACUGGACCGGAAGGUAGCGAACAUCACGCAGAGCGUUGAGGCCCUGCAUCAACUGGCCUCCUCGUACUUCAUAGACCGGGAUGGGACCAUGAGAAAGCUGCACGAGAUCCAGAUUUCCACCAAUGCUAUCAAGGUGACAGAGACGCGGACGGGCCCACUUGGCUGCAGCAGCUACGACAACCUGGACUCCGUGAGCUCUGUCCUCCUUCAGAGCCCUGAGAGCAAGCUGCACCUGCAAGGUCUGCAGGUCAUCUUUCCAGAAUAUCUGCAGGAGAAGUUUGUCCAGUCUGCCUUGAGCUACAUCAUGUGCAACGGGGAGGGGGAGUACGUGUGCCGCAACAGUCAAUGCUCAUGCCGAUGCGCAGAGGAGUUCCAACAGUGCAACUGCCCCAUCACUGACAUCCAGAUCAUCGAGAACACCCUGCUGGGGAUGGCCGAGUCAUGGGUUGCCACCUACAAGGACUUUGAGAACUCAGAUGAGUUCAAGUCCUUCCUGAAGCGACUGCCCUCAACCCACUUCCUGCCCGUGAGCAGUGUGCACCUGCUGUGGGGGAGCGACUGGGACCUGCAGGCCCGUUACAGGCUGCUGCAGAGCUCCCUGGAGGCCCAGCGGCUGAAGAUGCAGCGCACGGCACGUAAGCUCUUCAGCCUGAGCAUCCGCUGCCACCACAAGCCUAACCACCAGAUGCCUAGAGAGAGAUCCGUGCUGCAGUGGCUAAACAGAGUGCAGUCCUUCCUCUACUGCAACGAGAACGGGUUCUGGGGCACCUUUCUGGAAAGCCAGCGGACAUGUGUGUGCCACACUGGGGUCAACCUAUGCCAGAGGCCCAUCCCCUGCAUCAUCGGCGGAAACAACAGCUGCGCCAUGUGCAGCCUGGCCAACAUCUCACAGUGUGGGUCCUGCAACAAGGGUUACAAGCUGUACCGUGGCCGCUGUGAGCCCCAGAAUGUGGACUCGGAGCGCAGUGAGCAGUUCAUCAGCUUUGAGACGGACUUGGACUUCCAGGACCUGGAGCUCAAGUACCUUCUGCAGAAGAUGGAUUCCCGCCUGUAUGUGCACACUACCUUCAUCAGCAAUGAGAUCCGCCUGGAGACCUUCUUUGACCCACGGUGGCGCAAGCGGAUGUCCCUCACUCUGAAGAGCAACAAGAACCGGAUGGACUACCUCCACAUGAUCAUUGGGCUCUCCAUGAAGAUCUGCCAGAUGCGCAACAGCAGCAUUGACCCCAUGUUCUUUGUUUAUGUGAACCCCUUCAGUGGCAGCCAUUCAGAGGGCUGGAGCAUGCCCUUCGGAGAGCACGGGUACCCACGCUGGGAGAGGGUGCGGCUGCAGAACUCGCAGUGCUACAACUGGACCUUGCUGCUGGGCAAUCGCUGGAAGACCUUCUUUGAGACGGUACACAUCUACUUACGCAGCCGGGCCAAGAUGCCCACCACCCUGCGCAACGACACAGGCCAGGGACCCGUGGACCUCUCAGAUCCCAACAAGAGGCAGAUCUACAUCAAGAUCUCUGAUGUCCAAGUGUUUGGCUACAGCCUCCGUUUCAACGCUGAUCUCCUCCGCAGUGCCGUGCAGCAGGUCAACCAAUCCUACACCCAGGGCAAUCAGUUCUACUCGUCAUCUUCUGUCAUGUUGCUGCUGUUGGACAUCAGAGAUCGGAUCAAUCGCCUGGCCCCUCCAGUAGCUCCCGGGAAGCCCCAGCUGGAUCUCUUCUCCUGUAUGCUCAAGCAUCGACUGAAGCUCAACAACAGUGAGAUGAUCCGGGUCAACCAUGCUUUGGACAUGUACAACACCGAAAUCCUGAAACAGGCUGAUCGUCUGACUACCAAACUCUGCUGAGGGAAA